AUGACAUUGAAGGGAGAAGGCGCAACAGCCAAUCGGAUCUCACAUGACCGUCGACCCAAACAAUCUGCAUCAUCAACAUUGAUUUCUCUAACAACAACUUCAUUGACUGGAUCUUGGAAGAUCAUGGAGAGUCCCCAUGAACACCAGCAGUCGGUGCUGCUUUCGCGUAUCAUCACCAAUGUGGAGAAGCUCAAUGAAGCGGUUAUGGUCAUGAAUAAGAGUCUUCAGGAGGUCAAUAUCCAGAACAUGAACGUCGAGUUAGUGGCUCAGAUGUUCAAAAACUACCAGUCCAAUGUCCUAUUCCACUUAGAAGCCACCGAGAACCUCAGAGAGCCUUCGCCUUCGCAGUCUUCAUCCUAG